UAAAUUUCUCCCGUUCUACUUUCUAGUGCACAUCACGCGUAGAGUAGAAGUAUCAUCACUCUUCUUCCCCUCCUUUCUUUAACGCGGCAUCGCCACACGAUUUCCCUUUCCAAAUUCACACCCUACAUCUUCCCUUUUUCCCCUCUUUCUUAUCAUUGACAAUUUUUUAAGACAAACCCUAUCAAAAUCUCAGUUUCCACAAUCUCAAAUCACUCUCUCAAUCAAAAUUUCAUCAAUUUUUUCUUGGUUUUUUCUAAAACAAUGUUUAGAAGUUGUUUUGGUACGUGUUUAGGAAGAAGAAAUGAUGGAUUAAUGUGGAAUAUUGACUUAAAACCUCAUUCUUCAGGAGAUUAUUCAAUUGCUGUUGUUCAGGCUAAUUCUUGUCUUGAAGAUCAAACUCAGGUUUAUGCAUCUCCUUCUGCUACUUACGUGGGUGUUUAUGAUGGUCAUGGAGGUCCUGAAGCUUCUCGUUUUGUUAAUUCCCAUCUUUUCUCUUUCCUCCAUAAAUUCACAUCCGAGCGCGGUGGAUUAUCGGUUGAGGUGAUUAAGAAGGCAUUCUGUGCAACAGAGGAGGAAUUCUUGCGUUUUGUUAAUCGCGCAUAUCCAUCCCAGCCACGAAUUGCGUCGGUUGGAUCAUGUUGCCUUUUGGGUGCAAUUGCGAAUAAUGAACUGUUUGUUGCCAAUCUUGGUGACUCGAGAGCAGUGUUGGGGCGAAGAGUUUCUGUUAGGAAAAAGGAAAGUGUUGUAGCUGAGAGGUUAACGACUGAUCAUAAUGUGUCAACUGAAGAGGUUAGAAAGGAGGUUGAGGCACUUCAUCCCGAUGACUCACAUAUUGUUGUAUACACUCGUGGAGUUUGGAGGAUUAAGGGGAUUAUACAGGUAUCAAGGUCUAUUGGAGAUUUCUACCUGAAAAAACCAGAAUUAAGUAGAGACACUGCACUUCCGCAUUUUGUCAACCCUAUUCCUUUAAGACGUGCAGUAAUGACAGCUGAACCAUCAAUAAUUCGAAGAAAGCUUGAGCCAGAGGACUUAUAUCUGAUAUUUGCAUCAGAUGGUCUUUGGGAACAGUUGUCUGAUCAAGCUGUGGUGGAGAUAGUUUCCAGAAAUCCCAGAACGGGAAUUGCCAAGAGACUAGUGAAGGCUGCUCUUCAAGUAGCUGCAAAGAAGAGAGAGCUUAGAUAUAGUGACAUAAAAGAUAUUGAGAGAGGCAUAAGGCGUCAUUUCCAUGAUGAUAUCUCGGUAGUGGUACUGUACCUCGAUCAACACAAGAGCAAUGGCAGCAAUGCUAGAUUCAAGUCGUCUGCUGUUAGCUACACAAAUGCUCCUGCUGAUAUCUAUUCCUUCAAUUCAGAUUCAACGUAGAGUACUAGAGUAGUACUCAUAAUAGCCGAACUUUUCACUGACGAUUGGCUGGUAGAUAUGCGUUGAUAAUCGAUGUGCUUAAGCAGAAGAUAUUUCGGUAAGAGGGAAGGUAAAAUUGAACAAAAUACAAUAGUGAUGUAGAUAUUAGGUUACAGAAAAGUUCCAUUAGUACAUUGGUUUGUUUUUUUUUUGGUCUUUUAGCUUUACUAUGAUGUUAUAAUGCCCUUUAUAAGAAAGUAUAAGUUAGUCGACUGUUACACUGACACAUACUUCUUGCUGGAGAAAUUGUAUAAUUUUCUUAACUGAUCAUGUAUUGCAAAAAAAUGUAUAAAACGGGUUUAGUCACAUUUUCAUAAA